CUCUCUUACACUCUCUUCUUCGCUGAUUCAGUGAUUCUAAUCCUUACUAGUUUUAUUGUACUUUCCGAACUCAAUUCGACUCUUAAUUCAGUAUCAUGGCUGUUAUAACAACAACAAGGAGGACUGAACGGUUCCGUCCGACAACACCAGCAACAUGUAAGUAUUGGCUAGCUGGGAGAUGCAACAGAAAUCCUUGUCAAUUUUCACAUAGCUUACCAACCUCGCCGUCCAAUGUAUACUAUAAUGCCAAUUCGACGUAUAAGCAUUCGAAGAUGGCCAGUUCCUCUGCUAAGAAGCCAAUAAAUUGCGCACCCAAGGCCUUCAAGAAGCCAGAAAAUUGUGCACUAAGGGCUGUUGAGUAUAGACCAGAAGCUAUGUCGGUUGAGAAGCCAACUAAGUGUGAACAAAAGGCUGUUGCAGAUGUGGAAGAUGUGGCCACUGUUGCUAAGGCUUGUGUGGAUAAAUCACGCAGUAUUUGCAAAGAUUGGAUGACUGACAAUUGUGUGCAUGGUGACUUGUGUCAGAAUUUGCAUUCAUGGUUUUAUGGCGAUGGAUUUUCUACACUUGCAAAGCUUCAUGAACACAACAAGGCAAUCACUGGGAUUGCACUGCCGGCUGGUUCAAACAAACUUAUUUCUGGUAGCACUGACGGCACAGUUCGGGCAUGGGACUGCAACACUGGCCGUUGUGUUCACAUGAUCCAUCUUAAUUCUCCAGUUACCUCACUCAUAUCUGAGGGCCCAUGGAUUUUUGCCGGUGUGAAAAAUGCUGUGAAGGCAUGGAAUAUUCAGACGGGUGCAGAUGUUACUCUUGAUGGACCUAAAGGGCAAGUCCUUUCCUUGAAGGUUGGCAAUGAUACCCUCCUUGCUGGAGCAGAGGAUGGUGUUAUUUAUGCUUGGAGAUGCAGCUUUGAGUCUCCUUUCAAAAUGGUUGCAACACUAAGUGGUCAUAGUAAACCAGUGGUUUCUCUUGCUAUUGGAUCUCACAAGAUGCUUUAUUCUGGAUCCAUGGACCAUACCAUUAAGGUUUGGGACCUUGAUACAUUACAGUGCACAAUGACACUUAACGGCCAUACCGACGUUGUCACAUCACUUAUUUGCUGGGACAAUUUCUUGUUAUCGGCUUCAUCUGAUCGCACAGUCAAUGUUUGGGUGUGCACCGAGGAGGGAACUCUAGAAGUGACAUACACUCACACUCACGAAAUUGCUGUUCUUGGAAUGUAUGGGAUGACUGAUACAGAGGCCAAGCCAAUAUUGUUCUGCUCGUGCAAAGAUAAUUCAGUUCGUAUGUAUGAAUUGCCAACGUUUCUAGAGAGAGGUCGACUAUUUACAAGACAAGAAGUUCGAUCCUUUGAGAUAGGCCCUGGUGGACUCUUCUUCACUGGAGAUGGGACUGGUUUGCUGAAUGUGUGGAAAUGGUUAGAAGAGCCUAAGGUGCCAACAUAGGAAAAUACAUAAGAUCUUGAGUUACAUGAUGAGUUAUUCUAAUUACUUUAAUGUGGUGACCUUAUCUUUAUUCUCUGAAUGUAUGAA